AUGCCCCCAAAGCACGAUAUCAACAAAGUCGGCUCGGAGAGCUCAGACUUUCCCGUUCUCUGCGAGACAUGCCUCGGUCCCAACCCCUACGUUCGAAUGACCAAACAAGAGUUCGGUCACGAGUGCAAGAUCUGCAACCGUCCAUUCACUGUGUUUAAGUGGAACCCGGGAGAGGGUGGCCGUUUCAAGAAGACUGAAAUCUGCACCACCUGUGCCAAGAUCAAGGGCGUGUGCCAGACGUGUCUGCUUGACCUCGAAUUCGGCUUGCCUGUGCAGGUCCGCGAUGCCGCCCUCGGCAGGAAAAACCAGGCGCCCACGUCCGACAUCAACAAGCAGUACUACAUUCAAAACUUAGAAGCGCAGAUGGAAGACUCGGCUGAUGGAGUGACCUCGUUCGACUCUGCGGCCGCCAACGCCGCCGGUCGCGAGAUGCUCAAGAACAUGGCCCGCAACGACCCAUAUUACAAGCGCAACCGCCCGCACAUCUGCUCCUUCUUCCUCAAGGGCGAGUGCAAGCGCGGCGCCGAGUGUCCGUUCCGCCAUGAGACGCCCAAGGAAGGCGAGACGAGCAAGGGCAAGAACCAGCAGCAGAGCGUCCAGGACCGCUACUACGGGCGCAAUGACCCCGUGGCUGGCAAGAUGCUCCGCCAAGUCGCAGAGUCCAAGGGUCUCAAGGCCCCCGAGGACAAGUCUAUUACCACCCUCCUCUUCCUGGGCCUCCCCAGCUGUACCGAGUCGGACGUCCGUACCGCACUCAACUUCACCGUCCCCGCUGUCAAGCCCGACCAAAUACGCUCCGUCUCAGUCGUGGAGUCAACUCACUGCGCCUUUAUCAACUUCACCGACCGCGCCAUCGCCGAGCGUGCCGCCGAGGCUCUGUCCGCAGCGGACGGUAUUGAGGUCUCGGGCAAGCGUGCCAAGGUCGUGUGGGGCCGCGCGCGUAAGGGCAAGGCUCCUGCUGCUGCCGCCGCUGCUGCUGCUUGA